AUGGUGAUGCGACUCCUCGACACGGCCACCUUUGAGAUGGUCUCGGGCGAGCAGUCGACUUUCAAAGAGGAAGGAUACGCGAUACUAUCGCACCGCUGGGUGGGUCGGGAGAUCACCUUCGAGCAAAUCCAGAGCCUCGCAUCCCAGCUCAGAAGCGCACCGGUACAGCCCACGGCCCAGCUCGCGAAGAUUCGCGGUGCCUGCGACAGGGCGCGCGAGCAGGGCCUGCAAUGGAUGUGGAUCGACUCGUGCUGCAUUAACAAAGCAAGCACGGUCGAGGAGUCCGAGUCGAUCAAUUCCAUGUUUAAAUGGUAUCGCGAUGCGAAACUAUGCAUCACGUAUCUCAGCGACGUACGGUUUUCUACCGGCAACCCAAAGGGCGAGGUAUUUAGAAGUGUCGAUGGAACUACUGCAUCCGUAUGGUUUAGUCGUGGCUGGACACUGCAAGAGCUCCUUGCUCCCAAGGCGAUGCAAUUCUUCGACAUGGACUGGCAGUACAUGGGCACGAAGGCGGAACUGGCGGAUAUCCUAGCGCACAUCACCCAGAUCGAUGUGAGAUAUCUUACGGGCGAGAAACACUUCGGCAACGCGUGCAUUGCCAGCAAGAUGAGCUGGAUAGCAUCGCGCACAACUGCGCGAGUGGAAGAUCUCGCUUACAGCAUGCUCGGAAUCUUCAACGUCGUUAUGACUCCGCGCUACGGCGAGGGGAUGCGGGCCUUCAUGAGACUGCAACAACUUCUCUUGUCGACACUCACGGACGAGUCCUUAUUUGCUUGGAAGCUGCCCCAGUAUCAGCCUCCUCAAGUCUUCACCGUACCAGCAGGCUGGGAAGCGGAUGAAUGGGGGCUGCUUGCCCCCACGCCUUCAUGCUUCAAGGACUCCAAUCGACUUACAACCAUUGGCAAGCCGGUGCCUCGGGUCCAUGGUGGGUUUUCAAUGACGCAGCAAGGCCUUCAGGUCCCCAUUUUCGACCCAGGCAAAGCCCGAACGUUGGGAUGGCUAGUUUGUCCCCUGUGGAUAUUAGCCCCUUUGGUUCACUGGAUUCUUACGCACAAGGAGGGCGAGCAGCCGUGCAACUCCGUUUACGAAGAACAGUGA